GAAAAAAAAGACCACAGAACGAGUUGAUGAGCAGCAUAUAGUCACCUUUUUGUUUGACGAAAAAGUGGACCAAUGACAAAAUCUGACAAAAAUGGCACAAAUAAUUGAAAAGAAAAACUGUUAGCAUAAAAUGUAAUAAAUGAUCUAAAAUGACUUUGAAGGGGCAUAAAGUCCUCAAAAAAGCUGUAUCGAGUUAUGAUUUAGAAUCUAAACUGUAAAUUCGGAGACGCUUAAAAAUGGUGACGUCAUGAUUGACGUGCGUGAGAGCCGCGACAAAGCUCGCCGACCAAUCAGCGUCGCCAGGUUCGCUGGACUUUCCGGAAAGAGCCGAGGUCGUCCGAGGUUUGCCGAAGUCUGCCGAGCGACCAGCGAGCAUCAGCGCCGAGCUCGGUCGCUUUCUUUCUUUCUUUCCUCUUCUAAUUCUUCUUCUUGUUCUUCUUCUUUUCUUUCUUUCUUUCUUUCUUUCUUUCUUUCUUUCUUUUUCUAAUUUUUCUUCGUGUUCCCGUUGACGGCCAGGCAGCCGGGACGGAGCGGAAUCACCGGACGAACAGAACCGGAAGAGGAGAAACGCGCAAGGAUUUAACGGGACUUUUUUUUUUUGUCAUUGGGAUUUUCCACGUGAGGACUGAUUUAGUUUUUUUUUUUUUUUUUUUUUUCUUUGUGUGGAUCUCGUGGUGCGGACCACCUGAAGAAGACCACCUCCACCCACCUCCCCGGGAAGAUGGUGUCUCUCGAUGACGGCGUGAAUUUCUAGCCAACCGGCAGCUUCGCCAGGAGCGUAGAGGAGAGAGAAGAUGGGCGUGCCCCGCAUCUGUCGGCCCGACGCUGGCGCCGUUCCCCUCCUGGCGCUCUUGUUGUCGUCCGCCUCGCCGGUGCUGCCGUCUCACGCCGACAGCGUGCCGAGCUUCGUCAAGUCGCCCGACGACCUGACGGGCGUCUCGGGGGGCGUGGCCUCGUUCGUGUGCCAGGCGCUGGGCGAGCCCAAGCCGCGCAUCACCUGGAUGAAGAAGGGCAAGAAAGUCAGCUCGCAGCGAUUUGAGGUGAUCGAGUUCGACGACGGCUCGGGUUCGGUUUUACGCAUCCAGCCGCUGAGGACGCACCGCGACGAGGCCGUCUACGAAUGCAACGCCGCCAACAGCCUGGGAGAGAUCAACACCAGCGCCAAACUCACCGUACUGGAAGAGGAGCAGAUCCCUCACGGCUUCCCGAGCAUCGACAUGGGACCUCAGCUGAAGGUGGUGGAGAGGACGCGCACGGCCACCAUGUUGUGCGCCGCCAGUGGAAACCCAGAUCCCGAGAUCUUCUGGCUCAAGGACUUCCUGCCCGUGGACAUCGAAAGCAGCAACGGACGCAUCAAGCAGCUGCGCUCAGGUGGUACACCGAUCAGAGGCGCUCUUCAGAUCGAGAACAGUGAAGAGUCGGACCAGGGGAAGUACGAAUGUGUGGCCGUCAACUCAGCCGGAACCAGAUACUCGGCCCCGGCGAACCUCUACGUUCGAGUUCGCCGGGUGCCGCCACGUUUCUCCAUCCCGCCGUCCCACCGCGAGGUGAUGCCCGGGGGCGGCGUCAACCUGACGUGCGUGGCGGUGGGCGCGCCCAUGCCCUACGUCAAGUGGAUGAGCGGCGAGGCCGAGCUGACCCGCGAGGAGGAGAUGCCCGUCGGACGCAACGUGCUGGAGCUGGCCGACAUCCGCCAGUCGGCCAACUACACCUGCGUUGCCAUCUCCUCGCUGGGCGUCAUCCAGACCACCGCGCAGAUCACCGUCAAAGCCCUGCCCAAGCCCCCCACCUCCCUCAUGGUGACAGAGACCACCGCCACCAGCGUCACCCUAACGUGGGACUCGGGCACCCCGGAGCCCGUGUCCUACUACGUGAUCCAGUACCGGGCCAAGGGGUCGGACGACGGCUUCCGGGAGGUGGACGGCGUGGCCACCACCCGCUACAGCAUCGGGGGUCUCAGCCCCUUUUCCCAAUACGACUUCCGGGUAAUGGCGGUCAACAACGUGGGCCGGGGGCCGCCCGGGGCCUCGGUGGACACGCGCACCGGCGAGCGGGCGCCCUCCUCGCCCCCUCUUCGCGUCCAGGCCCGAAUGCUGAGUCCCACCGCCGCGCUGGUCCACUGGGAGCCCCCCGAGGAGGCCAACGGCCAAGUCCGGGGCUACCGGGUCUACUACAGCGCCGACCCACGGGCGCCGCUCGACGCCUGGAGCGAACACGACGCGGACGACGGCCGGCUGACCACCCUGGCCGGACUCACCCCCGACCUCACCUACGGCCUCAGGGUGCUCGCCUUCACCUCGGUGGGCGACGGACCCCCGUCCGACGUCCUGCUCAUCAAGACGCAGCAAGGAGUUCCUGCUCAGCCGUCCGAUUUGGAGGCCGAGGCCGAGCUGGACUCUCGGAUCGCGCUGACGUGGCUCUGGCCCGUCCGGGACCCGGUCGUCGGCUACGAGCUGCUCUACUGGGAGGCCAACGAGCCCCAGGAGAAGCACCGCGUGACCUUCGAGCCCACCGGAUCGUACGCCGUGGACGGUUUGAAAGCCGACACCGUCUACGCGUUCACCCUGGCCGCCAGGUCCGAGACGGGCUUAGGGGUCUUCACCGGGCCCAUCGAGGGCAGGACCGCCCGAUCCACCCCCUCGGUGCCCCCCCGAGACGUCCGUCUGCUCAGCCUGAGCUCCACCAGCAUCCAAGUGAGUUGGGAGCCGCCGGCCUCUGCCGCCGGACCCCGCGAUGCCGCCGUCGCCGGCUACUGCCUCGCCUACCGCGCGCUGGGCGGGGAGGACGCGCAGCGCCACCAGGUGACGGCCAUCGGCGCCGACGUGCACAGCUUCGUGCUGGAGGGUCUGGAAAAGUGGACGGAAUAUUCCGUGUGGGUGCGAGCGCUCACCGACGUCGGGCCCGGACCGGAGAGUCCUCCGGCCCGCGUCAGGACGCAGGAAGACGUGCCGGGAGCGCCGCCCAGAAAGGUGGAGGCGGACGCCGUCAACUCCACGGCGGCGCGGGUGAGCUGGAAGCCGCCGCUGUCGCUCAAACAGAACGGACAGGUGCGAGGCUACCAGAUCGUCUACUCCAGGAUGGAGAAAGGCGAGCCUCGCGGCCAGCCGCUCAUCGUGGACGUCGCCCGGCCCGACGCUCAGGAAGCCGUUUUGACGGGCCUGCUGCCGGAGACCAGCUACUCGCUGACGGUGGCGGCGUACACCACCAAGGGGGACGGCGCCCACAGCAAGGCCCGGCUGGUCACCACCACAGGCGCAGUCCCAGGCAAGCCCACCAUGAUGAUCAGCACUACCAUCGGCAACACGGCGCUGAUCCAAUGGCAGCCGCCCAAGGAGAUGGCGGGCGAGCACGUGGGCUACCGGCUGCAGUACAAGCGGGCCGAGGAGGAGGCCUUUGCCGUCAGAGACUUCCGCAAGACCGACGACCACUUCACCGUCACCGGCCUCCACAAGGGGGCCACCUACAUCUUCAAACUGUGCGCCAAGAACCGGGCGGGCAACGGCGAGGAGUACGCGAAGGAGAUCAGCACCCCAGAGGACGCCCCCGCCAGCUACCCCCUCAACCUGAGCGUGGUGGGCUUGACCGCCACCGCCACCCGGCUGUCCUGGGAGCCGCCCCCGCUGGCCGAGCGCAAUGGGAAGAUCGUCAAGUACGUGGUGGUGUACCGCGACAUCAACAGCCAGAACGAGAGCGCCGACACCACGGAGGAAACGCACGUGAGCCUGAGCGGCCUGCGGCCGGACACCACCUACGACAUCCGUGUGCAGGCCUUCACCGCGAAGGGCGGCGGACCCCUCAGUCCCAGCAUACAGAGCAGGACCAUGUCCACCGCAAUGUCGGUGUUCACCCAAAACUUCGGUGUGAAGGCGGUUACGAAAACAUCCGUGCUGUUGACCUGGGAUGUUCCUGAGACCUUUGAGUCCGAGGUGCCCCUUAAGAUCCUCUACAACCAGCAGAGCGUGGAGGUGCGCGGCGAACGCAAGAGGAUGCUCAUCACGCAGCUCUCGCCCGACACCGACUACUCCUUUGUGCUGAUGAGCCGCGGGAACAGCGCCGGCGGCCUCCAGCAGCAGGUCUCCGUCCGGACCCCUCCGGACCUGCUCCCGAACAAACCGUCAGAGUAUCCGCAGGAUGUGGAGGAGGGCGGGAAAGUCACACUGCGGCUGCCUCGGGUUCCGCCUGAAGCCCCAGUCAGGUGGUUCUACAUUGUGGUUGUCCCGGUCACACCGGCGUCCCUGAGGUGGGAGAACCCUGAAGACAUGGACCUCCAAGAGCUCUUGGAUGGCGAGGGCGACGCCGGGAGGAAGAGGAGGCACAUCGAGAGCGACUUCCUUCGGCCGUACGUGGCGGCCAAGCUGGACUCGCUUCCUGACAUUUUCACGCUGGGCGACGGCCACGCGUACCACGGCUUCCGCAACAAGGCGUUGCCGGGGCAACAGCAAUACCGAUGCUUCGUGCUGGUCGAGCUGAUGAACGGCGAAUCUCAGAGGACACUGGCAGCCAGUCCGUUCUCGGAAGCCAUCCUGGUGAAGCUCCACAGCGGGAUGGCACGCCACUCCGAGGACUCCGAGAUGCUUUGGGUGAUGGGACCCGUGCUGGCCGUCAUCCUCAUCGUCAUCAUCGUCAUCGCCAUUCUUCUCUUCAAGAGGAAGCGAACGUGUCCGUCGUCCAAAGACGAGCACAUGGCGGACGUGAAGGACUCACUCCUGGCCCACUCGUCCGACCCCGUGGAGAUGAGGAGGCUCAACUAUCAGACCCAAGGUGGCAGCACAGUCAGCUGUCCAACCACACCAAGAAUGAGGCAACAUCCUCCCAUCGCCACCUGCGACCUGGCCGACCACAUCGAGCGACUCAAGGCCAACGACGGCCUGCGCUUCUCGCAGGAGUACGAGUCCAUCGACCCCGGUCAGCAGUUCACGUGGGAACAUUCCAACAUGGAGAUCAACAAGCCCAAGAAUCGCUAUGCCAAUGUCACCGCCUACGACCACUCCAGAGUCCUCCUCACGCCCGUGGACGGAGUUCUGGGCAGCGACUACAUCAACGGAAACUACGUGGACGGCUACAGGAAGCAGAACGCCUACAUCGCCACGCAGGGACCGCUGCCCGACACGCUCGGAGACUUCUGGAGGCUCGUGUGGGAACAGCGCACCUGCACAGUCGUCAUGAUGACGCGUCUGGAGGAGAAGUCGCGAGUGAAGUGCGAGCAGUACUGGCCCAGUCGUGGUACUGAAACCUACGGCAUGAUCCAGGUGACCGUGCUGGACACUGUGGAGUUGGCCACCUACAGCGUGCGCACAUUCGCACUCUACAAGAAUGGUUCGAGCGAGAGGAGGGAGGUGCGCCAGUUCCAGUUCAUGGCCUGGCCCGACCACGGCGUGCCUGAGUAUCCCACGCCCACGCUGGCCUUCCUGCGCAGGGUCAAAGCCUGCAACCCCCCGGACGCCGGACCCAUGGUGGUCCACUGCAGCGCGGGGGUUGGCCGCACGGGCUGCUUCAUGGUGAUCGACGCCAUGCUGGAGCGCAUGAAGCACGAGCAUUCGGUGGACGUGUACGGACACGUCACCUGCAUGAGGGCCCAGAGGAACUACAUGGUCCAGACCGAGGACCAGUACGUGUUCAUCCACGAGGCCCUGCUGGAGGCCGCCGUCUGCGGGAACACCGAAGUGGCGGCCCGAAACCUCUACGCGCACAUACACAAGCUCAGCCAAGUGCCGACCGGGGAGACCGUCACCGCCAUGGAACUGGAGUUUAAGAAGUUGGCCAAUUCCAAAGCACAUACCUCACGUUUCAUCAGCGCCAACCUGCCGUGCAACAAGUUCAAGAACCGCCUGGUGAACAUCAUGCCUUUCGAGUCCAGCCGCGUCUGCCUGCAGCCCAUCCGAGGCGUGGAGGGCUCCGACUACAUCAACGCCAGCUUCAUCGACGGAUACAGGAUGCAGAGAGCCUACAUGGCCACCCAGGGCCCCUUAGCCGAGACCACCGAGGACUUCUGGAGGAUGCUGUGGGAACACAACUCCACCAUCGUCGUCAUGCUCACCAAACUGCGCGAGAUGGGACGGGAAAAGUGCCACCAGUACUGGCCCGCUGAGCGCUCGGCCCGCUACCAGUACUUUGUAGUGGACCCCAUGGCCGAGUACAACAUGCCGCAGUACGUCCUGAGGGAGUUCAAAGUGACUGACGCCAGGGACGGCCAGUCGAGGACCAUCAGGCAGUUCCAGUUCAGCGACUGGCCCGAGCAGGGAGUGCCCAAGAACGGGGAAGGCUUCAUAGACUUCAUCGGACAAGUCCACAAAACCAAGGAGCAGUUCGGCCAGGACGGACCAAUCACUGUGCACUGCAGCGCCGGCGUGGGGCGCAGCGGCGUCUUCAUCACGCUGAGCGUCGUCCUGGAGAGGAUGAGGUACGAGGGCGCGCUCGAUGUCUUCCACACGGUCAAGACCCUCAGGACUCAGCGGCCCGCCAUGGUGCAGACCGAGGACCAGUACCAGCUGUGCUACCGGGCCGCUCUGGAGUACCUGGGAAGCUUUGACCACUAUGCAACAUAACCGCACCCUGAAGACCACCCUUGCGCCAGCCAUGCCCGCUACGCUCCGACCACGAGGAGGUGACCGCCAGUCGGGGGCCUGACCGACUCCCGACUCUCGCCGAAACCUGGCCAACCCCUCCCGGAACCCCCAAACACCCGUGGCUCCUUCCUUCAUCUUGUACAAAUGAUUUUAUAUCAAUAUCUAUUAAUCUUUUCAUUUUCGAUAAGCACUGCUGAAGACAUGUCUUUUCCAACAUGCUAUGAUCAUGAUGACUAUUAGUAUUAUUAAUAUUCACCUGCUGCUACUUUGCUUUUCCACCAUAGACAUGAUACUCCAAUGUUAUUUUUAUUUUUUAUUUUUCUCGCGCGAGUGGGGGUCCAAACUUCUUGACGACGUUUAUUUUUGGGGUGUUCUAACUCCCUAACGACGGAGCACGUCAGACAAACGGUUCAAAUGCAAACUUCAUGGCUCUGAAAAGCUCAACAGGAAGUGGAGCCACUGCAAGUCUGGGUGCACUUCUUGGUAUACGUGAGCUGUGGUCCAGUAUACAAGGAGUGUACCCUGACAUAUUGGGAUUUUCAAACGAUAUAGUCAUCAAACAGAGGAGAAUAAUGACGUGUCACUCCAAAGAUGAGAAAGUAUCGUUUAUGAGGUUUAGUCAUUUUGGGGGGUGCCAAGUGACCAAAUGACAGUGCUUCAGUCAUCUGUGGAUGAGGGGAGAUGCAUUACGGUCAAUCGAAAAAAUAUAGAUUUUAUGUUGUCUCUUGCAUACGUGAUCUCUUCUCUAUUUUUAAAUACAAAAGAUGGAAAUAAAAGGCUUUGGAAACCUU